GCAGCAACGGGCGCGAGGCGAGGCGCUUUUGGGUUUUUUGACCAGUCGAGGCGUGGACGACGGGUCGGGUCCAUUUCCGGGAAGCGAAUCCGACGGCGCGCGCGUUCGCUUCCGGUGGCAUCCUACGGCGGGCAGUGUACACUUGCCUCCGCGCCGCGCCGAGCCGUCGGUCGCGGUGCGCGUGAUAGCUCUACUCUCGCGGUCGCUGUGGGCGCGGGGCGGGUUGGCGAAGCGGAGACGGCACGCGCGGAGUCCGUACGGCCGCAGCGAGGCGACGUGGUGGCGUCGAGUCGGCGGCGAUGAUAAGGGUUGUGUCUCCGCCGCCUCCGUCCACCGUGCAGCUGCGCGGCGGCGGCGGCACCCCGGGGCCCUCCUCCUCCUCCGCGGUCUGCCGUUUCUGGGGUUCCCGAAGAGGAAGUAGAGUUGCGGCGACGAGUAGUUGGGGUUGGGGGAAGAGUAGGAGGAGGAGGCGCGCCGCCAUCUCAUGCUGCUCUGCUGAGGAAGGGGAGGGGCCCCGGGUCGCCACGCCGUCGGCUCCCCCGGCGCCGUCCGAGGGAUCGAUACAGCUCUACUCGCAGAUCGAGAGGGUGAUCACGGAGGCGGCGAAGCAGUCCCGGGAGGGCUGGGGUUCGACCGGAGAUUGGACCGAGAUCGAGGGAGCGUGGGUGCUGAAGCCUAAAUCACAGGAGCCCUCGUUCGUUGUUCACUUCGUUGGUGGGAUUUUUGUUGGAGCUGCUCCUCAGAUCACUUAUCGUUUCUUCCUUGAACGACUUGCAGACAAGGGAGCUUUGGUGAUCGCAACGCCAUAUGCUAGCGGCUUUGAUCAUUUCUUCAUCGCAGAUGAAGUUCAAUUUAAGUUUGACAGGUGCUUAAGAAACAUGGUUGAACCUGUAAAUGACCUUCCCACAUUUGGUGUUGGGCAUUCUUUGGGAUCUGUGAUCCACCUUCUCAUUGGAUCAAGAUACGCUGUGCAGCGAAGUGGAAAUAUAUUGAUGGCCUUUAACAAUAAGGAAGCAAGCUUGGCAGUUCCAUUAUUUUCGCCUGUAAUUGUUCCCAUGGCACAGAGUUUUGGGCCAAUAUUUUCCCAGUUGACAUCAUAUCCAACACUUCGUUUUGGGGCGGAAGCAGCCAUUAAGCAACUUGAGAAUCUUAGCCCUCCUGUUGUUAAGCAGCUCCUGCCAUUAGUUCAGCAACUUCCUCCACUGUAUAUGGAUUUAGUAAAAGGCCGAGAAGAAUUCGUUCCAAAGCCAGAAGAGACACGUCGGCUGGUAAAAUCCUACUAUGGGAUUUCUCGAAACCUCUUGAUAAAGUUCAAAGAUGAUCAAAUUGAUGAAACAUCUAUUCUUGCGCAAGUACUAAGCUCCGAAUCUGCCAUUAGCUCACUGCUUGACAUGUCAAUUCGGUCACUUCCUGGAGAUCAUGGACUACCGUUACAGCAGGUACUUCCUGAUGUUCCACCAGCAAUGGCCGAUGCAGUAAACAGAGGAGGUGAACUCCUGACAAAUCUAGCAACAGGGACACCAUGGGAGGCUGUUGCUAAGGAGGUAGGUAGCACUUUAGGUGCGGAUUCGGGCGUUCUACGAGCACAAAUCUCAAAGGAUGUCAAUACACUUGUUGACGUAAUUGUUUCAUGGAUUGAGUCAAAUUCUGGUCCAAGAUUACUUCGUUCAUGAUGACACCCCCACAAAGGUUUAGCAGGUUGGGAAUGCCAGUACCAAACGUCAAGAGGAUUCAACUGACGAGUAUUGCAAACUGUAGAUUGCAUUUCAACCCCGACAUGCUAGUGGUGUAUAUAUAUGCUGUACAUCGUAGCGCAUGACUUGUUGAAUGUAAUCUAUCUUGAUGGAGUAUUAUGAAUGUACAUUUCCAUUAAAAAAAUGUACAUUUGGAAGGACUAGAAUAGAGCGAUGAGUUUAUGGGUUUGUGGCUGCUCUGAUCCUGACAGGCACUGGGGGUGCACAGUACUGCACAGUCCUGUCCGCAAAUCUACAGUUCAGUUUUACAAGAAAUGUUCAUUUGGUAGCAACGGAAGGUCUAUAGUUCUCCGAGGAAACUGGCCGAGGUAUGCACCCGUGCUUAUCAUUCUUCGUAAAACUGUAAUUAUUUGUUAAAACUAUCCUUUUACUUCAGAUGGGUAUUUCAUAAGACUGCUGCAACAACAACAGCAACAACAGUUGAUUUUAUCACAUAUGGGCUCGACUUACCCUGAUAUAAAGUAUUGCAUGUGUGUAUGAUAUAUGUACUCAAAACUUUUCAGGUGAAUAAUGUAAGCUUUUUGAUAAAGUCA